AUAUAUGUAUACAUUACCCAAAUGAAGAAUUCUAUACACAGGAAAGAAACAGAUAGAAACGCGAGGCGCCGCUGGCAGAUUUUGUGAUUGCAAGAUUCACUGCAUUUUCCGUUUCCAUUUUACUUUCCCAAAUAUAAAACCCCCUUUCCUAAAUGUGUUAAUCCAAUCAAAGUUUUCGUGGUUUCCGAUAGUUUGCAAUUUCAACUGGAUAGGUAGAGAUUCUGCUGAGUGAAUAAAUGAUUUCGUGGUUUUUCUCCUUGUAUGAUAGAGAAGGCAAUGCAUACUAUGCUACAUGUUCUGCUUCUUAUUUUGCUUUGCGUCUGAGUUUGGCUGCUGGGCUAUUUGAAGGGACAACAUCUGGGAUGGCCUUGUGGCGUGUGGAUAGAUAGAUAGCCAUUUAGCCAUAUAAUUGAAGUUUAUGUAGGAAUAAUAUUUGCAGUUCCUGGAAACUGAAGAAUAUAAUAACGUUCUUCGGACUUUUGAUGUUAUCAAGUUAUUGGUUUCCUAGUUUUCUCUUAAGAGGAUAAAGACUGCUAUUUGGUUUGAUCAUUGUCACUCUAUUGCUAGAUAGUUAGUGCAUCAAAUUAGAGGUUGUGGGGGCUGAGUAAAGACUAAAACCACUAACCUGCUCUGUAAGUCAUGGGCUUGCCUCAAGUUCCAUCUGGAAAUGUAGCUGAUGAAGUGUCAACUUCGGUGAGCUCAAUGAUGCAGAUAGCCUCGCGGUUUGGAGCUGCAGGAAGCUUUGGUGUGAGUGAGAGGCACAUUAGGCAGUAUAACAAUCGGAUGACUAAUGACUUUCCGAGCUCUUGCUCUUCAUUUGGAGAACAUGCAAAGGGAUGUGGUGCAGUUAGUUUGCAUCAAGAUGGUGUGCCCAAUUUGCAAAAAAUGAGGAUUGGGUCCAUAGACAAUACUAGCUUCUUGUCGCGUCAUGGUGGCAAGAACAUUCAGGCUCCUGCUUCGAGGAUUGUGGGCUUUGAGCCUAACAAUCUGAUUAACUGUGUCAAUCAGUAUGAAGACAAGCAUCCUGAUAGCAUUCAUUUGUCUAAUGGAAAUAGUGUAACAGGCAAUACAAAUGAGAGCCCGAGUGCAAUGGUUAGGAAAAGACUAUUGUCGCCGUUGAAUGGCAUGGUUCUGCCUGAUGGAUUUAGAGGCGAGCGUCUGGAAAUUGGGAACACAUUCUACCCCGAGGAUUUCCACUUAAGAGGUGGUAGUUACAGGGUUACCGUGAAAGAGAAUAAAAAAGCUCACAUUUGUAACUUGGACCAUGACAGUCCUCCUAAUUGGUCUUCACCUAGUCCAUCUGAAGAAGAUUGUCAUGUCAACUGCAGGAUCAUCACCGAUGGGCCCUUGUUCAGUAAUCAUGGAUAUAUAUCUCAGAAUCUCCUCUCAUCAUACAAUGGUCUUACAUGUUCUAAUGGAAAAAUUGAAACACCCUCUAAGGAUAGAGCAGUGAGUAUAUCACGGGAUGCUUUUGUCUCCACUCCAUUGUCUCUAUCGCCUCUAGGACCAAGAUUUUGUGGGAGAGUAAGAAAUUCUCGAGGAUCUGGGGAUCCCAAACGAGAGUCUGAUGAGAGCUGUAUAACCUUUAAAGAUGUUGAACAGUCUCUAGAAGGAACUAUCUUGAGUUUUAUGUCAUCUCAGAGGGAUGAGAAUGUCAUUAUGUCAAGCAGAGGGCUUGGCGAUGAUGAAUAUUUCUCAUUGAACUUUGAUCAAUUAUCACCGGAGAGUUUGAUAUCCACUCGUGGACAUAAUAAAAAGUUUACUACUCAAAAUGCAAAAUUCGGUAGAUCACUGAGCGGGUUAUCAGUCAGAAGGUCGUUAGUUGGUUCAUUUGAGGAAUCACUGUUAUCUGGUAGGUUAGCUUCUGGAAUUUCCAACCAGAAAAUUGAUGGUUUCCUUGCAGUACUGAAUAUUACCGGAGGAAAAUUCUCACCUCAUCCCCAGAAACUUCCAUUUUCUGUAACUAGUGUUGAUGGUGAUAAUUACAUACUAUACUACUCAUCUAUAGAUCUUCCUAGACAUUCAUCUUCAAACAAAUGUGAUGGCCCAAUAUUGAAGAGAAGCCUCAGUGAGAAUGGCUCCUCUGAUGACAAAGCUCGACUGAGAAUACCUGUGAAGGGCCGGUUGCAAUUGGUCCUAAGCAAUCCGGAAAGAACACCAAUUCAUACAUUCUUCUGUAACUAUGAUUUGAGUGAUAUGCCAGCUGGCACAAAGACAUUUCUGAGGCAAAAGGCCACUUUGGCUGUGGAUAGAGGUGGACAGAGAGACACUGCCACUGGUGAAACAAAUGAGGGAUCAGUCCCCACGCUCUCGGUAUCAGGUUCUGGUGUUCUGCGGUAUGCCUUACAUCUCCGUUUUGUUUGCCCCCACUCGAAGAAGAGCUUAAAAAAUUGUAUGAAAUCUAAAUCCGUUCCAUCACCCCUACCGUCAAGUGACAAUAUGGACAGUCAAGGAGAACGCAGAUUUUACUUGUACAAUGAGAUGAGAGUCGUGUUCCCUCAGCGCCAUUCAGAUUCUGAUGAGGGCAAGUUGCAAGUGGAAUACGACUAUCCCUCGAACCCAAAGUAUUUCUAUAUCAGUCAGUAACGACCUUGAUUCGAUGAUUUCCCUAAUUUGGUUGUUUUGUAUAUAUUUGUACAUACAUGUUGUAGAUGCUGAUAAAUGGGUUAUCAAAACCCACAUCACAUGUAAAUUUAUGCCAAAAACUUGUUGAUUGUGUUGUACAGACUGCACAUUCAACAUCUAUUUAUCGACAAAAUAAAUUAAUCAUUUGGAGUAGAAA